CCUUCCCAAUAUCCCAGUGUAGCAGCAGCAGCAGCAGCGGCGGCGGAGAGACCUAAUGGAGAGCACUAAUGGAGAGGACUAAUGGGUAGCUGCUUCUUCUGAUUUCUACAGAGGUCACUAACGCUCCGCUGCUCGGCCGUUUCACGGUUUCGCCGCCGGUAUGCACUCGCCGGGAUGCCCGGGAACGAUGGGAAUACCAUUACUGAACACACUCCACUCCCACUGAGGGCGGCGAAACACAAAUGGUAAAGAACUGAUAAAAAACACUUCCCCGCAGAAAGCGCAGCGCACGCCGACUCCCGACUGAACCGGCGUCUUCCCCGAGUCGCCCGGCGCCGAACGACAAGAUGCAGUAAUGGGCGUCCACGUGCCAUGAAGCAGCUCGAAGGGUAGGGUCAAGACGAACAUGACGUGCAUUGCGAAGACGCUGGUUGAUGUCUGAUAUAUGUACCUCUGAGGUGUCGAGCGUAAAACCAGCGGAGCAAUGAAUGGAGGAAAGGACUGCGAGGCGGGAGACGACAGGCAGGCCGUCCCUGUCCAGGUCCCCAUUGGCUGGCAGCGCAAGGCGGAGCACGGCGGCGGCGUCGUUUACGUGAGUCCCAGCGGCUCGUUGCUGUCCAGCUUGGAGCAGGUGAAGACCUACCUGCUGACAGAUGGAACCUGCAAAUGCGGCCUGGAGUGCCCACUCAUCCUCCACAAG